AUGUACUAUUUUCAUACAUGUCAUCCUGAUGACACUCAAAUCAUUGCAUUUAUAACCCUUGGCUUCAUCAAUAUUAGUAUCUACAUCUUUGUAUUUGCUGCUGCAAUCAUCAAAGCUUUGGAUGGGAAAUUGGGAGAAAUUAUUCAAGCGGUCUAUUGCACAAUUUUUACUAGUUUUCUAGUCUUCAAUGAGUUGAAAACGUUCGGAUUAAGUGAUAUAUAUUUUGGAUUCUUGAAUGUACAUCAUGGAAAAGGAUUAUUAAUGUUAUUUCUUGGUUGUAUCGUCAUGUGUGAAAAUGCAUUCAAUAUCAUUGUUUCCAUCUUUAGUUUUACUAUGGGACUUGGCUAUGUGAUUUUAUCCUUUGUACCCAACGUACCAUUACCAAAAGAUGUAUGCUCUCGUUUACAACAAUAUUGGAAUAGACGAUUGGUCGAUAAACCCAAUCCUCAUCAUACUCUAUUAGAUCAUCAUCAUCCUAUAUCCUCACCACCUUCAGAUCAACUAUACCAUCAUCAUUUAUAUUUUCAUCCUGCUUCGCCUUUUUCAAAACAACCAAUCCAUCCUAUGGUGGAGCAUCAAACAUCAUUACAUUAUUAAAAAAAAA